CGUGCCGGCUGCUUGACAGAUCGCUGGCUAAACAGCUAAUCCAAAGUGUUAAUAACUUUAUGUUUGACUGUGAUGGUGUUCUUUGGAAUGGGCCAAAUUCUUUACCUGGAACUGCUGAGACUGUUGAAAAACUACGAAAAUUGGGAAAGCGCAUUUACCUGGUGACUAAUAAUAGCACUAAAUCCCGCACGCAGUAUAUUAAAAAAUGCCAGCAGCUUGGUUUCUCAGUAAAAGAGGAGGAGAUGGUCUGCACGGCCUAUGUAGCAGCUCAAUAUCUACACAAUAUUGACUUUAAAGGAAAGAUUUACCUGGUGGGAGAAUCAGGUGUAGGAGAAGAGCUGGACAAGUUUGGCUUCUCUUACACAGGGAUUGGGCCUGACACUGUGGAAGGAGGAGUCGCUGAGUGGACAGAGACUGAACUUGAUCCACAGAUAAAUUGUGUUAUUGUGUCUUUUGACCGCCACAUAAGCUCCAAAAUCCUUAAAGCAGCUAGCUAUGUGAAACAGAUGGACUGUAUUUUUCUGGCAUCAAAUGAAGACAGCUGUUACCCGUUCAAUGGUAGCAUCCUUAUACCAGGAACUGGAGCUUUAGUUGGGGCUGUGAAGGUAGCUGCUCAACGCCAGCCUGUCAUUCUCGGAAAACCCAGCAAACACAUGUAUGAAGUACUACAGGGCGCCUUUAACCUGGAUCCAUCACGCACUCUUAUGGUGGGAGACACGAUAGACACAGACAUCCAGAUGGCCCAUAACUGUGGGUUAAAAUCACUUCUAGUCCUGACAGGACAGUCAAAUCUGGAUGAUGUUAAGGCAGCCGCCCAGAGUGCUGAGCAGAACGGGAAGACAUGUGUACCGGACUUUUACCUCCAGAAACUCUCUGACCUGCUCACACUGCUGGACAAUCAGUCCUGAUGGGACAGCUACACAGCUUGGUUCUCUUUAGGUCAGGUCUGCAGUAUGGCAGCCAGCAUGCUUGCCAAACCCUUUUAACACAAGUAAUAGAGCGUGAGUUAUUUUAGGAAGAGGGGUGGAAAUUUAAUACACCUAUACAACCAGACAUUUUUUCUUUGAUACUAAGUAACUCUGUAAAUCAACUUUUAUUCAGCAAUUCUUAUGGCACAAUGGAAUGCGCCAGGCUAGAACAAUGAGUAAAACUCACGAUUUUACACUUUCUAGCACUUCGUAUCCCAGAUGAGAACGAAAGUUCAAAACUGCAGUUCCAAUACAAUGAUGUAUAAACGUGACAAAUGUACAUUUCUACACUGUUUUGUAUGUCUACCGGGUGACUUUUAUCUAUAGUAUGUGUGAUAUGAUUCAACUGGCAGCAUUCAGUCACUUUCUUGCAUGACACGCAUACUCAGGAACUGCGGUUAUCUUAUAUUUUUAUAUAUUAUUAGAUUAUUUACAGGAAUGUUUUAAAACCUUCUACACAUUUAGAAUUCUAUGACUCUUUUAGGCCACUUAUUUUAAUGGCCACUUAAUGAAAGGACAUGUUUACGUAACCUACUUAAUUUAUAAGUAGGUUAUUUUGUGAAACUCUAAUAUUAAACUCGACAAAGUGAUUGAUACAGGUCUAUUUAGAACUGUAUUUUAUCUUGUGUAACUUAAUUAGGAUGUAUGUUAUGGUGUGUGUUACAGUAUACAUGUACCUGAGCGAAACAUUGCGAUUACAGCAUUUUACCUUGCAAUGUUACGUCUACUGUGUAAAAUAAACAAGUCGUUAAACCCACAAGCAUUCAAAACUACAGAUAUUUUAUAUGCCCGACUGUAAAAGCCCUGGAACACAGCAUUUGUGAAGGCAAGUAUUUCUGGCAGGCUGCAUGACAAUAUUGGAUAGAAAUGAGAGUGCCAGCAAGUCAAUAUAUGCCGACAAUCUGGGUCACCUCCAUGAUUCUAAGCUAACUUCUCGUACACUGGAGCAUAAAUCAUGUCAUAAAUCGUUAGUACAUGGCAAGCCGGACAUCCAGCUCCCCAUGGUGUCAGUUUGCUUUUCAUCACUGCACACUUCACUUUUCUCGAAGCAGCGACUUCUUUUAAGAGGGUACAAAAGCAUGUAAAAGGAUU